AUGUGCCUGCCACCGGAAGAACCUUCGAAGGCGUUGGUGGCUUCAAGCCUCUUUUGGGCCGAUUUCGAACUCUUUUUCGAACUCGCUAACGGCGCUCCCGUGCAGACUGAUCAACACCAUCAUUAUUCAACUCCCACUCACCGCCAUGUUGAAGGCCAGCUAGGAAGUGCCUGUGAAGCUACCAGUCCGGACGCUGCUAGUGGCUCUGUGGGGCGAAAUUCAUCUGCAAAACGCAAACUGUUCAACGCAAAUAAUGACCAGAGUCCCGGAUAUGACUACGACUACGAUCGUGAUGAUCCCCCAAAGGACUCACUGCUUGCUGCACUGCGUGCUGCCGAAAACAAUGAUGGCGCCAACCCCCUUGAAUUAUUUUCACCCCAGUAUGGGAACGACAUAUCCAAAUCGUUGCCAAAGCGCAUGCGCUCGAAUGAGUGGUUCUUGAAGAGGAGAGAGCUCAACGUUAGCCCUAGCCAGACUCAUGGUGGCGGGAAGAAGGAGUCGGCAAAUUCUCGCCUGCGCUCGAGAAGGAGGCCGUCUUACGUCAAGUCGCACAAUGUUUAUCGUUCCGUUUCUGCUUCUGCUCCUGCCGUCGCCGCCGCUAACGCCGCUAACGCAGAGGUGGGACGCAAAUCCAGAUUCCUUGAAGGAAGCAUGAAUGAUCGUGUUAGUCAAAAGCCGCCUAGUAUUUAUAUCGGAGAGGAUAUAGACGAGGCUGUUGAUCGAUAUAUGACUGGCGACGAUGAAGAUGGUGCUUCGGGAAGCGUUAGUUCACCCGGGAAGCCUCCAGGAUAUGGCCAUUCGUACACUUCAUCAACUGCAACCUCAAUGAGCUCUGCUCCCACGGAUGCUCCAAGCGCGAAGCAAUCUGGGCUGUCCAGGUUUGGACAAGUUAUAGCGUCUGCCUUUAACCCCUUUGGCGUGUGGAACAAUGUCUCUGAAAUAUGGAAUGGAUCCCAGGAUGGGACGAAGACGUCGACUACAUCGGCGUCGACGGGUGCAACAGCGCAUAAGGAUAUCCUUGCAGAGCGCCAGGCGCAAGCUGAAAAAGCUUAUGCAGAACUUAAGGCCGCCGGGUAUCAGGGCACAGUGAAGAGCAUUUCUGCAAGCUACAGAGCACAUCCCACCUCGGAAAAGAACAGCGUUAAAAAAAAAUCAAAACAUCCCUAUCUUGCCGGAGGGACGCCUCAGCAGCAGCGUAAGCCCAUUCGUUCCAUCUCUUCUACCUUCAGCAAGGAUAACCUCCUCAGCCCAUCAAAAUCCGCGUUUCGCGCAUCGUUCCUGGAUUUGCGGAAAGCGGCUUCAAAUAUAAGUCUUCCGUUGACCCCGAAGCGGACAGAUGCUGCCGGUGAGGAUAAUAACCACAAUAAUGAUGACAACGAGGAUGGGAAUUCCAGGGCUCUUCGAGAAAAGGUUUCUCGUAGGCAUCUGGAGAAGCAGCGUAAGUUGAGGAAGAAGGUUAGUAAUUUGGAGAGCCAGCUGGAGCGGGCGAAGAGGCAGUUGCGUCUGGCAUCUGGGGAAUGGGAUAUUGACCACGAGAGCACGACUGAAAAUACAAGUACAAGCGCGAACGGCAGUGCGAAUAUGAAUGAAACCGAGAAAGUUGACGAGAUAGAUUCCGUGCCACCCGUGCCUCCUCCUCAUCGUGAAGGGGUUAAGGUGGGACGGAGGAAGAAAUUUGUCCCGGGCGCACUGCCGUCACUACCGUCCGAGAGGAUUUUGCUCGGUCAAGGCGUGGAGAAGCCUCCGAAUAAGGCGGUGUUUGCGGGUGCAACUCCAAAUGGCCCUCGACCUCUAAAUGCAGAGGAUGCCAGUACUCCGUCCCAUAAACUUAGGAAAACAAGGCGUGAGAAGAACCUAGCGCCCGCGACGAGCUCUCGGCACGCAAGCAUGUCGACCGGGGCACUAGACAUUCAUCGGGAGGAACAUCGUAAUAACGACGCAGUUCCAUAUCCAGAAGAUCACGCACGCUCCCCGCCCUUUAAUUCCUCAUCGGUUUCGAAACGGAACCAACCAGGCCGAAAACAAGGUCUUAGUGACGACAACCAGCCUCCCUCCAACGCACAACUCGUCCCCAAACCCAACCACCCACCCCGCCGUCGCCGGUCCCCGACGACUUUUCCAAACCAAAACCACAUCCGCGACCAUACUUCCGAUAUACCCACAAACAGCACAACUAGCAGCAGCAUAAAGUGCCCCCAACCACGUCGCAGCGGCAGCGGAGCUGCCAUGCGAAAUGACCACCAGGAUGACGACGGUGAUGAUGACAUCCCGCCCGUCCCACCGCUACCAGCCAAUUUCAUCGCUAUGGCUGGGGCCAGUGUACGGAGCCGGGGGCAGCUGGAGGUACAACAAGAGGAGCAGGUGUGCGUGCAGAACCAGCAGCAGCAGAAGAAACAGCAACAGAAACCGCAGGAGUUUGACUGGCCGGAGGACUUUUUGUGA